AAGAAGACUGCAUCAUAAUGGAUCUAUUUUCGUUGAGAAAUUCUCUAACCAUCUCUGUCUUGGUGACAUUUUGUGUUUCCAUUACGAUGGGACAACAAGAAUCUAUUCAGAUAUCACCACGUGACGUGACUGUUCGUGAGGGCCGAGAAGUGCGGUUACCUUGCGUCUUGCAACAACCUGGGAUAUGUAACGUAUAUUGGUACCGGAAGGACAUGCAGACAUAUUUCUUCAGGAACGCGGAAUUCAUGCCACGCAUCCCUUCCGAAGUCAGUGAGCGCUAUUCGAUCCCAGGAAACACUUCAGCAGGUGAUUUUACCCUGCGCAUUGUCAAUGUUUCCUCAUGGGAUGAUGGGGAGUACCAAUGCGCCUGUUACGCACCAUCUCAUAAGGAUACAUUGACCUCUGAUCCAGCACGUCUUCAAGUCCUCAUCGCUCCUUCAGAUGAGUUCCCCAUCUGUGAGGUACGCAAAAGGGAUGGGUUACUGUUGCCUGGAGAUGAGGUUGAAUUGAUUUGUCGCUCAACGGAAGGGUCACCUCCGGUUCAGCUCGCAUGGUAUAAAGGAGAUCAGAGACUUCAUUCCGAGAUGUCAUGGAAUUACGAGAUUGUCGCUAAACACAGAACUGUGGUUACACUGCAGGAAAAUCUAUCACAUUUUUAUUGCAAAGCUGAAGGUGAUGCCCUGUUGAUUCCACGAAACUGUACAGUUGAUCCUGUGGCAAUGGCUGCUCCGCCACCCGUUCAGAUUGACUCUAACUUGCAGAAGGUGUGGCAGGAGUUUGAAAGCGGGACGCUUCCUCUGACGGGAGGUCAACCUCGCUCACAGGACAUGAUAGAACUGAGCUUUACCUGUGGGCCAAGCACCAACUUCAGUCGUGAGGUUAAUAAUUUUACCUGGUAUGUCAACCAGGAUCCUAUCCGUCCUGGAACCUUUGGAUAUAUCCUGGAGAAUAACGGGCGUACUCUACGCGUGACAGACCUAUCCAUCCUCUACAGUGAGAUAGAUGUAGAGAUUGUGUGCGAGUUGUCCAACAAUGGCUGGACAGUUUCAAACAGCACAACAGUCGUGAGUCUGAAUGGCAACAUCCUUGGGAAACCGACAGAUGCUAUGACAAGGACAGAGCUCCCUACUGUUCCAGACACCGACAUCAUAAUCAACAAACGCCCUGGAAAAUGGAGGCUAUGGCCAAUAUGGCUACUAAUCGUUUGUGUCCUUAUGUCUCUAUUCUUGCUCAUACUUCUUGCAAUCUAUGCACCAGUUAUUUGUGGUUGUAAGAAGAAAGCCAAGAAAUCGCAUGCUCAUUGCCAUCAUGGUGCCACCACCAAGUCUGAAUUUCAUUACACUCACUCACAAGGAUGCAGCACACUCCGUACCUCUCGUGAUACCUUGAACGUCUACGAGUUGCCUGAGAGUGAGCGUGGAGGAAGUGACCAACAGAGGCAGCAAGUACAAGCGACAUUGCACGUGGUGGUUCACUCUGCCAAUCAUUCCUCCAACAGCCCGGUGGACAGUCAACCCGUCAUCUCUACGGCCGAGACGAUUGUUUCAUCAGACUACACCACCGAGAACUGCCUCGCAACCGCAUCUUCCAAAGCUGUUGGAAACUACUACCACCCCGACCUCGGCCACUACCAGAAAGUCCGUCCAGGUGCGCGCCCCGCCCACUUUAACUCACAGCUACUGGUUCCACCUUCGCCAAAGCCGCACCCACCUGCGAGGACUGACUCUUUAGAGCCUCAUUACCAGCAUCCACGAUCGCACAUGUGUUGCAUGAACAAGACGUGGGGUCAUAAUGUAAGGCAUGAGAAGCCGUUAUGCAACCACGCCCCUCUGACACUAUCCUCGCAACCUGAUGUAACAGAGGGAUGCUAUGUCAGGACAUUACCUCUGCCUCCUAAUGAGGUCAAGAAAGCAAGGUUGGUGUACAUGGACAAUGGACAGCUUGAUCAAGUAGCCAACGGAACUGUGUAUUCUGAUGUACCCUUGGAUGAUGUGGACAAUAUUUAUGAGAACAUUGCUGGAGAAGAAGUGGAAAAGGGAAAUAAACAAACCCUCGUUUAAUAUUUGUUGUUCACAACCGUUCCCCCUUUUUUUGGGGGGGGGGUAUACUAAUGUUUUUGAUUUGAUCAAAACCUACCUGAGAAAUUCUUGAAGAUUACAUACAUGUAUUAAGUUCUAUGCUAUCUUUUUUUAGGGAUUCCCACUUGAUCUGUUUUCUUAGUAACUGUAUGAACAAAAUCGACAUUGACAGUUAUUGUAUUAUAUUCAUUGGAAGACUGAUUUUG